UCGAGUGAUCGUUGGAAGAUUUCGCUUUGGGUGACUCGUUCAACUCGCCGCGUUUGCAACACGCGGAAGAAGUGCCCAGUGAGGUGAUCCGUCGCGGAGGAACUUCCCGGAGGAUUGGCUCCUUCGCUGCUUCUACGAGUUACAAGAACUUUUUCGCAGACGCGAGGGAACUUUUUCACGGACAAUGGGAACAAUGAGGAACAAUUUCGCGGCAGUCUUUGUGCCGCUCAUCCUGAUGCUCUCGACGAGUCAAUCUCUUCCGGUCCACGGCCAUGGGAAUUCCUCCAAGAGAAACAGUUUGCCCGACACUUUAACCCCCGAAGAACGAUCGACGCCGCCUACGAUCCAUAAAUGCCUCUUCAUCGAUCCUGCUCUACCGAUUUGUGACGAGAAAUGGAUGCUGAGCUCGGAGGAGGAUACGAGCAACGAACAGUUGACUCCAAGGGGUAUCGUGCGCCGCUCGAGGAGAAACGUCGAUGUUUCCACGAUGGACGUGAUAGUUUACACCGUAGAGGGUUGUUUGCCGAUUAGGCUACCCUUCUCGAUGCCUUCUUGCAACGGGAUUUCCCUGGACAGGAUCGUAGACGUAGAGAAAUUCCGUCCGUUCAUGGUGAAGGGAGUGACAAAGCCACCGCUCGUGUUUCCGGAAUUCAAUUAUCCUCGAUGGCUGCGCAUGAUGACGCGGCCUCGAAAUCAUGUUUCGUCGAAGACACGAGACGGAAAGCAGUACAGCCACGCCAAGAAAACUUACGUCGAGAAGCCCGCUCAAGGCCGCACGGAGGAGCUGAUCAACGAAGCCACGAUGAAGGAGACAAUUCCGAAAGCGAUAGCAGACAGUAAGAAGAACUCGAAGGGAUCUUCGCCGAGCAAAUUCAUCCUCAACUUGAAAUCCGUCGAUUUUCCCGGUAGAACAGAGGCGGAGGAAUUGUCAAGCACUGAAAACAUCGAAUCACCUGUACUAUCGUCCACCGUAGCGAGCCCAAGAAUUCCUUCGAUUCUGCAACUCCGCCGCAAAACCGGCUCAGCGGAGACACAGGGUUUCCGCCAACUGUCGCCCCCCGCAAUUUCAAACAGUCCAUUGUACACAAUGGAGAGGAACAUGUACCAGCAAUCGUUGUACAAGGAGCCUUCCAACGGUCUUGAAACCGGCAAUUCCAACAAGUACCCGCAAUUCAUCCCGCCAUUGUUCACAGAAGAGAACGAGGGCAUAAUGGACAACGAUUUUCUAGCCUCCAUUGGCUUUCUGAAUUCCCACAGAAGGAGGAGGGAAGUAGGAUCUCCACCUUCGAUGCAGGAAAUUUCCGAGGACUCCAAGAUGCGUGGAAUUGCCGGGAAAUCGAUCGUCCGACCGUGGAAACGAUUAUACAAUCGUGGAGAUCGUUCGUUCCGCUAUUCAAUCACUUUCGACAAGAAGUCGAAGCAGCUCAAGAGUUUCAACUUCGAGGAGAAAGGAAUUGCCGCCACGGGGAGCACGCCAACCCUUGCAAUUCCACCUUCCAGCACGGAGACGAGUGUUACAGACGUGGAUGCAAGAUCCUCCCGACGUUUAACGCCGGGCAAGAAGACUCAGAAUCACGUGGAAUUGCAGCCAGUCGACAAGGAGCCGCCGGUAGUUGCGCGGACGGAAGAACGAGCACCGAUCGAGAAAUUAGUUUAGGACGAUGCAUCGAGAAGGAGAACUGAACGCAGAAAUACGAAGAGAUCACGGCAAUUCCAACUAGAGAGACCAACUGCGCACGAAUUAAUCUGUCAGAUAGGUUGUUGAAUCGUUUAUAUUUCACAGAGAGGAGAAACAGUCACGACGAAGUUCACGCGGAUUAUGUACGAAUUAGAGUAUCGACAAUGCAGAGAGAGUUUCUUUUUUUUUCCUAUUCGAACGACACUUCUGACAAUUAGAAUCGAGUCGAGGAUACAAGCGUUUAUCAAUGCUCGUCUCGCGCCUCGUUAUUUCGUCGCGGACCACCGAACAGCUCCAUCAACGCUUUGCCAGGGCAAUCAGGACAUCGCGGAGGGUUGUUCCUCGUGGAAUUUCAACCGUAACCACGAUGGAACUAAUAUAACUUUUAAAUUAGUCGUUUCACGAACACGAUACGGAGCACGGUUCGGGUUAGUUUUUAGUUACGCAUCCACGCUAAUGGUCCUCUCCUCCAGUUAAACCUUCUGCGUGGCCACGAUGUUAACCUAGAAAAUUAUCCGAAACGACGAACCUUUUCGUUAACACUAACUGAUACAAUUGAUGAGAAAGAAAGAAAAAUAACAAUAAAAGACACAUUUCUAGCCUGUAGAAUUUGACGAGAGUACAAUUAAUUUACCAGCUGACAAAGUGUUGAGCGCAGAAAGAGAAUCUCGAUGGAUCCAUCCGCACGCGAAUCGUGAGUUCAUGCGAGUCACCUCUUCGACAAAGCUCCACCCUGAUGGAAGUAAUAGCAGGGUAAACAGAGAGAGAGAGAGAGAGAGAGAGACAGAGAGAACUGGAGGAAUUUGUCGGGGCUCGUCCUCGAUCCUGUUUGAAAUUUGGAACGAAAUUUGUCAACGAAGACAAGCUGACAGAUUGAAAAGUGGGGUAGGGUUAAAGCCGGUCGGCCGGCUCGUCGAGGCCACACUGUCGACUUUCUUCGCUUUCUUCCUUCCCUCCUUUUCCCUUCGUUUCUUUUUCACCCGCCAAUCCUGCCGAGUCAAGGAAAAACGUCCCGACUCGAUUCCUUAUUCCGAUAAAUCGCGUCAGUUUUCUCCCUUGCCUUCCCCCGCGAG